AUGGCCGACCAGAACCUCGUACUCGGCACGCAAAUCCUCACUUUCCGGUUAAAUAUGGCUUUGGAAGGACAUCCCCUAUAUCAACCAACAGAAGAAAUCAAGCCCAGGCUCGGUUCGCCGAGAAAGUUGUUGCUGGCAUCCGCUUUGGAUGGCGGCCCAUUUACUGAAGAUGGAAGCACGAGGGGUUCUUGCACGUCAUCGCCCGAUUUUCAAAUCAAAUCUCCGUCCUCGUUUGAUGCCCUAUCCGGCUGCAAAGAGGAGACCGGACUUGCUGUAGCGUUUACGAAGCGUCUGGCUCUUUGA